CUUAUGUCCAUCAUCCUCGCUUCCAUCAUCAGAGAUGGAGCCUUCGGGCGAGGAGCCAAAUGAUGAUGCAAAGGCGUCCAACAGUGUGGAGUCUGCUGAAAGCUAUGACACCUUGAAAUAUCAACUCUUAGGACCGUCUUUGACCAAAGCGGGCCAGGAUGCCGUGGACCAGCGAAAGGUAUCGGAAAUCAUUUAUAAUGCCUCCAAAGGCUCCAAGUUUUUCAAUCAUGAGCAAAAUCGGGACAAGGUCUUGACGGUCAAGAUUGAACGCAUUCUCAAAGAGAAAGCCCGUCUCGAGAAACUAGAUCUGUCGGCGGAUCUACGACGCGCUGACCAGCUUCUUGCGGAGCUAGAACUGACGCGAGACCUGUCGCAGCAUGUUGUCCACGUUGACUGUGAUGCUUUCUUUGCUGCAGUGGAAGAACUCGACCGUCCGGAACUGAAGACUGUCCCUAUGGCAGUCGGCAAGGGAGUGCUGACGACCUGCAACUAUGAGGCACGAAAGUUCGGCUGCCGGAGUGGCAUGGCAUCGUUCGUCGCAAAAAAGCUAUGUCCUCAGUUGAUCUGCCUGCCUCAGAACUACGAGAAGUAUACGGAAAAGGCAAAGGAGAUUCGCGCCAUAUUCGCACAAUAUGAUCCCACGUUCGAAAGCGCUAGUAUCGACGAGGCGUAUCUCAAUCUGACUGCGUAUUGUACAGAAAACGAGCUUGACCCCGAGGAGGCGGUCCAGCGCAUGCGCGCCGAGGUUCUGGAGAAGACCAAGAUCUCAGUCUCUGCCGGCAUUGCGGCAAAUGCAAAAAUAGCGAAGAUUGCAUCCAACAAGAAUAAGCCGAACGGUCAAUUCCGCGUUCCUAAUGAAAGGGGAGCGAUCAUGAGGUUCAUGGAGGGGCUGCCGGUCCGCAAGGUGAAUGGCGUCGGCCGUGUCUUCGAACGUGAGCUUGAUGCGAUCGGCAUUAAAACGUGCGGCGACAUUUAUCCGCAGCGUGCCAUAUUGACUAAACUUUUUGGAGAAAAGGCAUUCCAUUUCUUGAUGCAGUGCUAUCUCGGCUUGGGUAGAACAAAGAUUCAGCCGGUGGAGAACUACGAGCGCAAGAGCGUGGGAACGGAGAGGACGUUCCAUGAGAUCGGAAAUAAAGAGGAGUUCAGAGCGAAGUUGUGGUCGAUAGCAGAGGAGCUUGAAAAAGAUCUGGCACGGACCGAGUUCAAGGGUCGUACAUUGGUUCUCAAGGUCAAGCUCGCCACCUUUGAGGUUCUAUCACGACAAUGCCAGCCUCCACGGGCGGUGUCGACUGCCAAGGACUUGUACGCGUUUUCUCUUCCGAUGCUGGAGAAACUUGAGAAAGAGAUGCCUGAUCUGAAGAUGCGACUGCUUGGCCUUCGCUGCACCAAUCUGGUGAGCACGAAGAAGGUCGGAAUAGAGCUCUUCGGCUUCACUUCGCGGCCAAAGCCCGCUUCGGAGAUGGCCGACCCUCCGGUCGAACAGGAGAUCGAAACAGAGGAGGCAUUUGAGAAAGCUGCACGGGAGGAACUACAGGAGGAGCUCGAUGAUCUGGAGAAGCUGAGCCAGGAGGUAUCUGAAUCUACAGAAAGGCAGGAUGAAGCGGCUGCAUCACCGUCGCAGCCAGCAUAUUGGGAUUGUCCGAUCUGUUCCCGACCUCAGGUGGCGGAGGAUCGUGCAUUUAAUGACCAUGUGGACUACUGCCUAUCAAGACAGACGAUUAAGGAGGCUGUUCAGGGGGCUUCAGAUGCUGUUCCGGCUGAGGCUCCAGCUGCAUCGAAGACACGGAAGCGGAGGACAACGGAAUCGCCCGAUCCGCGACAGAAACGAUUGUUCUUUUCGUGAUGACUUUGUAUAGUCGCACCAUAUUACUUCAGCAGAUUGGGCUUCUUCCCGCCCAGCCAACCUAGGAGUGGACAGUAGUCUACCCCAGCAGGAGGUUUAACCGCAUGGCAGUCGCGCUGCACGCACGUCCCGCACUAUUGCCGGCCACGGUGGCAUUGCAUCUGACACCGACAUGGCAGGCACCUUAGUCUCGGGCAGAAAAGAUCGAUCAGAUUGAAACUGUGACCAUGAGGAAUGCAAUCAUCCAUUGCAAAAGGUCGCUCCUGGCGAUUACCCGUUUGCGACCUUCAUCGGAUAUUAUCAGUCCACAGUACGUGAUAUAGAUCAGAGAUAGCCCAGUUUGCACCGCCUGAGUAUAAUAAGAAACUAUAAGGGCUGUACUAUGACAAACUUGUAUAUAGGAGAAAGAUAGAACUUGUAAUCACUAAAUGAUAGAUCAACGGUCGGGUACCUGGCCUUGACGAUGAGAUAUUAA